AUCGGUCCCUGCUUGAGGGCGCCAAUGAGCAGCUCGCGGAGCUGGUUGACGGCCCAUUCUCCCGGCGGCGACUCGAGAAUUAGUCUCCGCAGAAGCGAAACUGUGUCGGCCAUGUUGAAGUGAUAACGAAAAGAAAAAAAGACGAAAAGGAAAGGGCGUGUUGAAACGAGAGACGGUCCUAUACGGUGCACAAGAGGUAGAGGGGGCCGGCAAAUAGGCGUGGGUUUUUUUUUUCUUUGUUAAAUUAGAAGGAAUAAAAUGAGCGAAGACAGAAGAGGAAAAGGCUACCGCUGCUGCAGAAGAGGAGGAAAGAAUAUGAGGUUAGAGAAGAGCACGGCAGAGCAUGAUGGCUGCAAAUCUGAACAGGUCACUGGCUAGAGGAAUGAAUGAAAAUUAAGGCGGAUUUCGCCAAAGGGCCGCGAAACUGCUGUGGCGAAGCUGUGUUGGAAGCUCAACUGGCCACAUUUGCUGUCCAGCGCGCAGCUCUAGCGCAGCCUGGCCCUUGGCGGUUCGGAGAUCUGGGGACAGGGGCAAAUCGAAGAGGAAUCCGAGGCGAGACAGCGCCCCCUUGCACAGGAAAAUGAAGUGAACAGAUUGAUGAUAAGCACGUGUUUGAUGAUUGGUUGCUGUUCUGCCGUGCACAUUAGUUAUUUGAUCUUUUGUCCUUUGCCUUGUUGAGAUGUCUUGUCAAGUGUGCGCGGUUGUAUGUAGCAUUGAGUCUGUAUUCCUGGGGCCGCAGCCUGCUGUAGAACAUCAAAUCCAUAGUACAGUACUAUCGAUGUUCCGAUAGGCCUAGACCUCGAUAGGGCAGCGAUGCUCUUAUACCGGCACGUUUUCCCAACAGAGCCCCUGGACCCAGCCUCGGUGGCUGACGGCGGUGCCUGGCCUCGCUGCCGGUUGUGGUAAUUUCACAUUGUGCCUCAUAUAUAUCCGCCACGUUU